CCUAGAGAGAGAGAUAGAUAGAGAAAACGGUGUUACCGCUUUUAGGAGAGAGAAAGAUAGAGAGAGAGAAGAAGUUUGUUUCUUCAUUUAGAAAAUUUAGAUACAGAGAAGAGAAGAGAGAGUUUGUGAUGAUGAGUCUGAGAAGAGGAGGAGAAAGACAAGACUUUCCGGCAGCGUACAACGUUGUCCAUAAGCUGCCUCACGGUGACAGUCCUUAUGUCCGAGCAAAACAUGUUCAGCUAGUGGAGAAGGAUGCAGAAGCAGCGAUAGAGCUGUUCUGGAAAGCGAUCAGAGCGAGGGACAGAGUGGACAGCGCUCUUAAAGACAUGGCUUUGCUUAUGAAACAACAGAACAGAGCAGAAGAAGCCAUUGAUGCGAUUCAUUCCUUUAGGUAUCUUUGUUCGAGACAAGCUCAAGAAUCACUCGACAAUGUCCUCAUCGAUCUCUACAAGAAGUGUGGGAGGAUAGAAGAGCAAGUCGAGCUAUUGAAGCAGAAGCUUUGGAUGAUAUACCAAGGAGAAGCGUUCAACGGGAAGCCGACGAAGACGGCGAGAUCUCACGGGAAGAAGUUUCAGGUCACGGUCGAGAAGGAGACGUCUAGGAUCUUGGGGAACUUGGGAUGGGCUUAUAUGCAGCUAAAAGACUACACAGCGGCUGAAACCGUGUACCGUAAAGCUCAAGUUGUAGAGCCUGAUGCAAACAAGGCUUGUAAUCUGUGCACUUGUCUCAUCAAGCAAGGGAAAGUCGACGAGGCGAGGACGAUUCUGUAUCGCGAUGUGUUGCAAGAGAAGAGAGAAGGGUUUGAUGAUGAUUCGAGGUUGAAGGUUCGAGUUCAAGAGCUGCUGAGCGAGCUAGAGCCUGUUGUCGCUUCUUCUGUGUCUGUGGAAUGUGAAGUCGGUAUGGAUGAGAUCGCGGUCGUUGAAGGGAUUGACGAGUUUAUGAAAGAAUGGAGGAGGCCUUUGAGGACGAGAAGGCUUCCGAUUUUCGAAGAGAUCUUACCACUGAGAGAUCAACUGGCUUGUUGAUGAUACUCUGUUUGCUUUGGUCUUUGGAUACUGAAUAGGGAACUUUCUUGUGUUAGAAAAAAUGUUAGUGAAUGUAAGUUUACUUCUUGUAAGCUGUUUUGGUAUCAUGGUUAGCUUGUUACUACUGUUAUGUCCAAUGAGUGACUCUCGUUACAAAUACUCUGUACUACUUUCAUCAAAUAGAAAAAAUGGUAUGUAGAGGUCAA